AUGACUAUUAAGGAGGCGAGAGAUGCAGCGUUCUACUAUCAGGACUAUUUAGGGGCUAGGAUUUCCAUCGUAGAAAUGACGAACCUUCUUAUGAGAGAUUCAUCAUAUGCUCUGCUUCUGCAAGGAGAAGAAUCACCGUUGUUAAGCAUGAUUCCUCCGUGGGUUUCCCUACCAUCUCACUUCGUUGCCUCGAACGCCGUUAAUUGGGUCAUUAAAACGUUGAUAAUGCCGUGUUUAAUCGACGAGCAUUCGAAGCAGCUAUUUCCCGAGAUAACCACAGAGGAAUUCGCGAGGAGGUUGAGGAAGCGCCUCCGACUUUGGGGACUCGUAGCCUUCGUUACGCUGAUACCAGUGUUGAUGAUGAGCUUCUUAUUUACCUGGCUAAAAUAUACGGACGAUUUUAGAAGUGCACGAGCUAGUCCUUUGCAAAGGGAGUGGACGAAUGUGGCGAAAUUUCAUACUCGGGAGUUUCUAGAGUUACCACAUCUUCAUCGUUCGCGGCUGAACUCAGCGUUGCUACCGAGGGGAGGGGGAAGCGUUACGGAAACAUUUGUUAAUAUGAGUUGGGGAACAACACCGAUACAAGGAGCUACUAAAAGGUUGAUCAAAUACGUUUGCGGUAGUAUUGCGGCGACCUUGUUCGCGUUGGCGUUGUGGGAUGAUUCGCCGCUACUACACGUUGUAUUUGCUGGGAAGAAUCUUCUGUGGUAUCUUGCGGUUUCGGGCACAUUAGUAUCUUUGGUUAGUCGAUCGACUGAUGAUGGUGAACGUGGGCAAACUGCUGAUGCAACACCGUUGAAUGCCUGGGUUGCUACUAUGCGACUGUUGCAAACAAAAUUGUCAGCGGUCGUUUCUCGGCAGAUACAUUAUCUACCGCAAAUGUCACAGAUCGUGCAAGGGGAGGAGUUGAACGAGUCCAACUCGGCGUGCCGAUUUGAUUUCCUGUACAACUUCGAGCGAUGCAAGGCGAGUUUCCUGUCAGUGUUCUACGUACAGUAUUAUAUUGUGUCCAUUCCUGCUGAGUGUAUGGUUGCCUGGAUCAGUGGAGACUUUGGCCUUCGUGAAGAAGAGGCGGAGCUCACUGAGUCCCCGUCCAAGGACUCGAUCAAUGAAUUUUACAUAGGUCCCCGGUUCGAUCCCCGGAAUCACAUGAAGGAGUUAAUGAUGGAGAUCGAGGCUGUCGCCCGAGAUCGGGGACAGAUAUUGUGUCGCUGA